AUGUCGACAUCCCCGCCUUUGAGCGAAAAAUCUGCCGUGGUAAAGCGUCCGGACCAUGCUCACCACGAUACAUCACAUAUGGAUGCAGAGACAAGAGCCAUUGCUGCCCAACCUGACCCUUCCUCCCUUGAAUUUGGUGCACUUAACUGGUUGUUCGCCCUCCCUGCUAUUUUCACCAUCGACACUUUCGGGCGUAGAAACUUACUUCUAUUCACGUUCCCCUGCAUGGCCAUCUGUCUUUUAAUCACGGGCUUCUUCUUCUGGAAUACUUCGGAAACGGGGCGUGUAGCUGGCGUUAGCGUCGGAAUAUACCUCUUUGCGAUCUUCUACUCUCCAGGCGAAGGUCCAGUUCCGUUCACGUACUCCGCAGAGGCGUUUCCUCUCUAUAUCCGUGAUAUCGGCAUGUCCUUUGCCACUGCGACCACUUGGUUCUGGAACUUCAUUCUGUCAAUUACUUGGCCUUCACUCAUUUUGGCCUUCAAACCACAAGGCAAGACCCUAGAGGAGCUCGACCAAGUCUUUGCAGUUCCCCUCGGUGCGCACGCUGCAUACGGCCUGCGGCAGAUACCCUACGGCUUCAAGAAGUUCGUGUUGUUCCAGAACCCGGUUCCUGAACAGCUUUAUCAGUUUGAGAGCGAGAGCGAGGUGUCGAGCACUGGGGGCGAUGAGACAGCGAGGGAGAUAAAGGAGGAUCUGGAGAAGACAAGAUGA